AUGUUCGGGCGCGCCGUGAAGCGCGGAUGCAGCAGCGCACAACCCCCGCGCGGGCCGCACGGCAUGGUGCGGUGGGAGGAGGGCUUCGCGCACGACUGCCACCUGCUGCCCUGCUCCGCCGCCCUGCGCGCCGCCCGCGGGCAGGGCGAGCCGUGCGGCAAGGGCUGCGUCUUCCAGCCGUGGGAGGUGGUGCUGGUGGUGCACAAGCAUGCACCCAGCAGGCCCAGGGAGCGCCCCCAACAGGUGGCGUCGGUGGUGCUGGACGUGGCGCCGCUAGCCUCGCCUCUCUCCACGCAGCCCCUCAUGCAGCCCCUCACGCACCACCUGCUGCUCCUCUUCGGCCCCCCCGACUCGCCCCCUGUCGGCCUGCUACAGGUCGCCGCUCACGCCACUGCCUCUGCCUCCCCCGCACUGCGCUGCGCCCUCUCACCACCCCUUCCAUUCAGCCAUUAUAAGUUCGCUUUUUCCUUUCAUUAUGCGUCUGUGUGCCAGCAGUACCCUGAGGCGUUUCUGCUUGUGUCUCUGUGUGCUGCUGUGCGCGCGGCAGCUGCACCAGUCCCGACCCAAGCCUCAGCAGCGGCGGCAGUGGCAGCCACACCAGCCGCGGGCGCGCCAGCUGCAGCAGGGACGGGAGUGAAGGAGGCGGGGGGUGGCGGGGUGCACCUGGGGGGGCUGUGGGGGUGGCAGCGGCGCAGCCGGGAGAGCAAGAGCCCCGCGCUGUCCCUGGGCGCGGCGGGCAGGGCAGGCGAGGGCGAGGGGCACGGUGCUGCAGGCAGCGGCAGCGCGGAGCAGAGCAGCGGAGGUGGGCAGCAGGUGGAGACCGAUUGGGUGCAGCAGGGAACGGACGGUGAUACAGAGUGGGAGCAGGUGCAGCGGAGGGCGAGUGAUGGCGAGGGCGAGGAGGGGGAGAGUGGGCUUGGCGGGCAGGGAGUGGAGGGACGGCAGGGGAGCAGCGCGGAUGGGGUGGAGGUGGUGGGUGGUGGUGGGAACACAGCGAGGCACACAGGUGGUGCCGUGGAGCAGCAGGGAGCGCGUGAAGGUGCUGGGGCGGAGGGGGAAGGCGAGUCCCUGGCAGGCAACAGGGGGGCGUCUGGCAAUGGGGACGUGAGCGGUGGUGCGGACACAGGCGCUGGCGCGAGCACAGGUGCAGGUGCAGGUGCAGGCACGGGCACGGGCACGGGCACGGGCAUGGGGCUGCUGGAUGUGCUGCGAGGAGGGGUGUGGCGGCGGUCAGUGUCGGUGGAUGGGGCAGGCCGGGCCCGGGGCAGGCCAAGCGGGCGACAGGUGGCGGGGCGAGGUGGCGGGGAGGAUGAGGGGACGGGGGAGGAGGGCAGGCAGGGCGAGAGCAAUGAGCGAAGGGGCAACAUGUUGUGGGAGGGUAAUGGGGUGGUGGGAGGUGAAUGGCUUGCUGUUAUCACUGGCAGCACGGACAAGGAGGCAAGGACGCCGGACAUGCAAGGACAGGGGGAGGUGGCGGUGUGGGAGGCGGCACGGGAGGAUGCGGAGAGAGGGGAGGGAGGAGAGGCAGAGAGUGAGUGUGAGGAGAGCGAGGAGGAGAUGGUAGCAGCAGAGGCGUUGUGCUACGGGCCGCUUGCAGAGGUGAACCUGGGAGGGCACGUGGGAGGGCCUGUGCACACACGCAUGCGCAUGCUGCACCUGCUGCCCCACGCUCUGCCCUCGCCCCCUCACACCCUCUCCCUGCCCGCCUACCCGUCCCGCACUCAUAGUGACACAGGGGGGGCUGCAAUGCAAGAAGCGCAUGGGGCACCACUGGAGGGAGGCAGGGAGGAAGGUGGUGAGGAGGGAACAGUGGGCGCAGAGGGUGUGGGAGGUGCAGCGGAGGAGGAGCAGCGAGCGACUGCUCCUCUGCGGUCCCCCUUAGCACCGCGCCUCUUCACCUUCACCUCGCCCUUCCUCUUCUUCUCCUCCACCCCCCGCCCGCCCCCUGCUCCUGCUGCCACACCCGACCUGCCCUCGCCACCAGCGCCACAGUCCGCAUCGUCAGCACCAGAAGCCACGUCUGAGCUCACACCUGCUGCCUGUGCCGCCUCCACCUCCACCCACGGCGUGCAAGGCCCUCCCCCUCCCCCAGGCAGCAGGGACUCGUCCCCCAUCUCACCACUCGACCCCCUCCCAGCCGACGCUCCCCCCCCUGCUAAGUCCUUUCUCCUGCCGCCCUUCCUCCCAGCUAAGCCCCUUGCUGCCACAUCAGGCGGAGGUGGGGCCGGGGGCGGGGGUGGGGGUGGAGGGGGUGCGGGCGUGGGUGCAUUCCUGCGGCGGCCGCUGCUUUUCCUGCGCACGCUGUCGCUGCAGGAGAGGGGCGAGCCGCUGCUGCACAAGGCGUACGGGGAGGAAGGCGGAGACGAGAUCGACUGGGACAGGCGCAAGGCACUCGAGGCCGAGCAAGAGCAUCCCCUUUACAAGCUGCCUCUGGAGGAGCAGCAGGCAGCGAGUGCGGGGGAGGCAGAGGCAUCAGCGGUGUCCCCGUCGGCAUGGAGUGUGCGGGAGCUGUUUGGAGACGAGUUCCGUGUGGGGCAGUGGGAGCGCCGCCAGGUGGUGAGUCGCGACGGAACGGCACGGCUGUGUGCGCCGGUGUUCCUGGCGACUGUGGACCAGUGCCACGCCACUGCUGCGGGCGAGGGUGCGUGUGCGCUGCUGGUGGCGCACAUAGCAGCGUGGGUGCAUGCACACGGGGAGGGCACGCUGCCAGGGCAGGCGGAGCUGGACGACCUCAUCCGUGCCGGGUCUGCUGACUGGCGGCGCCUGCGUGCCCUCAGCGACUUCCACCAGCGCUUUCCCGAUGGGCACUUUGACCUCGACACAGUGCUGGCUGCCGUGCAGCACUCCCACUGCGAUGCACCCCCUCAUGCGCAGACAGACUGCGGCGGGAAGGCUGUAGGUGCAGAGGCCAACAGCCAGGCACCGGACACGAAUGGUGGAGGAAACACGGACCCUGGUGCCCCGCACGCUGGCAGCAGCAGCAGUGGCCGCGAUGGCGGUGGGGUGGCAGUCAUGCCCUGGCUGCCGCUGUGUGUUGUGCCCAGCCAGUCGUUCGUGGGGUUCUUCCACCCGCCCUGCCUUGCUGCCAGACGUGCCAAGGAGGACGCCACUCGCACGCAGGGCAGCAGCACAGCAGAGGGUGAUGCGGCGGAUGUGAACAGGGGCGAGGUGAGAGCGAGCAGUGUGGAUGAGAGCGGUAGAGGUGCAGAGGAGAUGGAUGGGGAGAAGGAGGGGGAGGUAGUGGAGAAGCGCACGAGCAGUUCGCCAGACAUAGGAGCAAAGGGAAAUGGGGCUGGAAUCUUGUUGGAAAAAGGAAAGCAAGAGCACGCAUCUAGUGCGGCGAGUUCUGAAAGUGUGGGGGAGAAGGGCAUGCAGCAGCUGGCGUUUCUGGAGGGCAUGCUGUCGUUUGAUGACAUCUGGGAGGCCGUGGUGGAGGCAGGCGAGGGCGUGUACAUCGUGGCGUGGAACGACCACUUCUUCCUGCUGCUCCUGCGCCGGCCCCAACCCCGCCACCUCCAGCCCCAGCAGCAGCAGCACCAGCUUGCUGCGGUGCAGGUUGCAUUGGAUGGGGCGGUGGGGGAGCACACAGGUGAAGGCACAGGCCAUGGCGGCACAGGGGGGGAGGCGAGCGGGGGGGAGGUGGAGUGUGUGGUGAUCGACACGCUGGGCGAGCGGCUGCAUGAGGGGUGCUCGCAGGCCUUCAUGCUGCUCUUUGACUCCUCCUCCUGGGUUCACGUGGGCCUGCCGCCCCCAGCAGCGCCUGCAGGCACUGCUGCUGAUGGGGCAGGCGCAGGAGGAGGAGGGGGAGAGGGUGGUGCAGGUGACGGUGGUGGGGGACAGGCGAAAGCGCAGGGCACUGUUGACAGCAGUGAGCAAGGUGGUAGGGCAGACGAAGCAGAGAGGGCAGAGGGUAAGGCAGGCGGCAUGGGUGCUCAGAUGCCCAAGCCAGAGACAGGCAGGCGAUGGGGUGUGAAGGCAGGCAAAGGCAGUGGGAAGGGCAAAGAUGGCAGUGGGAGGGGCAAAGGCAGCAGUGGGUUGGACAUUGAAGUAGGGGGGGUGGGUUCCCGUCGACAUGGGGUAUACGACACAGUGAGCUGUGAAGCAGGUGUUGCUAAGAAGAAAGACGUGGAAGCAGCACAAGGAGCGCAUGUGGCAGAGGUUGAAGGGGUGGUUCUUCAAGCAAGGCAAUCGAAUGAAGACACUCAUGGCAUGCCCGCUGCCAUCACUGUCACUCCAAACCAUGUAGAUAGUCCUUCAGCAGACACCUGCAGCCCACCAUGCGGAGAUGAGUCAGCAUCCACUGCAGCUGGCUCAGUGCUUCCUACAGCAGUGCAUGCAGCCAAGUCAGCAUGUCUGCUGACACACACUGACGGUCCAGCACAGUCACCCAUACACGAGACAAAAGCCAGCACCACCAAUUUUGACGGGUGUGCAAGCAGUGAGCAGCCCAGCCAAGGCGCGUCGAGCGCUGCUGCUCCGUCCCCUGCCUGCACUGCCACCGCCGCAUCCCCUCCCACCUUGGCGGCACCUGCUUGUGGCGGGGAGGGCGAGGGGGAGGCAGCUCCGGUGGCGGCAGGGAGGAGGGUGUGGGGAUCGGAGGCGUGCCGAGAGUACCUCAAGGCGUUCCUGGCGGCGGUGCCAUUGGCGGAGGUGGAGAGCGACCUGCGCAAGGGGCUGCUGGCGUCACCUGAAGCCAUCCACCGCCGCCUGCAGGUGGAGCUCCACUUCACCCGCCUCCUCUGA